ACCCUCUGCAAUAUGCAAUGCUUCAAAGCUUUGAAAAUCUUGAAGUUGCAAACAACAGUUUUACUGGACCGAUUCCCAUGAUGUUAGGUAACCUGGUGAACCUUAUAACUCUAAAUCUGCAAAAUAAUCUGUUGGAAAACAAGCCUGGAGCCACACAACUUGACUUCCUGAAUUCAUUGGUAACCAGCAGGAAUCUGGUGUACCUGAUUCUUGAAUCUAAUCCUUUGAAUGGAAUUUUUCCAGAAUCAAUAGGAAAUUUAUCAAGCAAUAUCAGGGUCCUUGAUGCAGCAAACUGUGGAAUUAGAGGCAGUAUGCCAACAAACAUUGGAAACUUAAGUGGCUUGAUUUUCCUGGGAUUAGCAAGUAAUAACAUUGUUGGCAAUGUGCCCCCCUCGUUUGUUGGCCUGCAAAACCUGGAAAGGCUGUAUCUUACUAGAAAUAAAUUAGAAGGGACAUUUCCAGCUGAACUGUGCAGCAUAGGAAGAUUAGGUCUACUGCAUUUGGGAGAAAACAGACUGUCAGGAGAAAUACCCUCGUGUAUCGGAAAUCUGACUGAAUUAAGAGUAAUGUCAAUUGCUGCCAACAAUUUCAGCUCAAAGUUACCUUCAAGUUUCUGGAGAUUAGUAAAGCUUGAUGGUCUGAACAUAUCGAGAAACCUGCUGCAUGGUUUCUUCCCUUCUGAUGUGGGAACUCUGAAAGCAAUGAGCAUCAUGGACCUCUCUUUCAAUAGGUUUUUUGGUGAAAUACCCAAUUCCAUAGGGUCCCUUCAAUAUCUAGUUUCACUAGAUAUGUCAAGAAAUGCAUUCCAAGGUCCCAUACCGGACACAUUUAGCGAUCUAAUAGUUCUUGAGGGUCUGGAUUUGUCUACUAAUGCUCUAUCAGGUGUGAUUCCCAAAUCUCUUGAGCUAUUGCGAGAUCUCAAGUAUCUCAAUGUUUCUUUCAACAACUUGCAAGGAGAAGUUCCAAAGAAAGGGGUGUUUGCAAAUGUUAAUUACCGGUUCUUGAUGGGAAAUCCAAGACUUUGUGGAGCAAUUGACUUAUAUAUUCCUAUAUGUCCAGCUCAAGGUAGAAAGACAACAAGGAAAAAGUCCAUUAUUCUUAGAACAGCAGUACCUGUUGCUGUAACAUUUCUGAUAUUGGUCGCAUUGUUUUUCACAUGGAUGAUUUGGUCAAGAAAAAAACAUGUGAUUGGAAACAAUGAAUCGGAUUACCCUCCUAGAAUUGCACAUCAGAAAAUCACUUAUUAUGAGCUUCUCCAAGCUACAGAAAAUUUCAGUCAGUCCAAGCUAGUAGGAAGUGGAAGUUCUGGUACAGUCUACCAAGGUACAUUUUCUGAUGGUGCUGUCUUUGCAAUCAAAGUUUUUGAUAUGCAAUGGCAACGGGAUUUAAGAAAUUUUGAUUCAGAAUGUGAAAUUUUGAGCAACGUAAGACACAGAAACUUGGUCAAGAUAGUGUCGACUUGUUCAAAUUUGGAUUUCACAGCAAUUGUGCUGGAGUACAUGCCUAAUGGAAGCUUAGACAAAAGAUUAUACUCUGAUGAAAAUUGCUUGAGCCUGGUUGAAAGACUCAAUAUAAUGAUCGAUGUAGCACUUGCCAUGGAGUAUCUUCAUCAUGAUUAUACAGUGCCCAUUGUGCACUGUGAUCUGAAGCCAGGUAAUGUUCUUCUUGAUCAGGAUCUGACUGCUCAUGUAGCAGAUUUUGGAAUUGCAAAAAUGUUGGCACAAGAAGGAAACAUGGCUCAAACCAAGACUCUCGGAACUAUUGGUUACAUUGCUCCAGAAUAUGGUUUAGACGGGCAAAUUUCCACUAGCAGUGAUGUUUAUAGCUUUGGGAUUUUGUUGCUUGAGACAUUCACAAGAAAGAAGCCUACGGAUGACUUGUUUAGCGGAGAUUUAAGCUUGCAUAAAUGGACAUCUCUCUCCUUUCCUGAUGCUGUACUGGACAUUCUGGAUGCUGACCUUGUUAGCGACAUUGGCUUUACAACAGAUGAAAACCAAAGCGAAAUCAAACAAUUGCUGGUUUUGAUAAUAAAUGUUGCAUUCCUGUGUUUGAAAGAGUUGCCAGAGGAAAGGAUAAACAUGAGAGAGGUUGUGGUGCAGCUAAACAAGAUAAGAGCUGAAUUAACCAAGCUUUAACUCAAUCCCAUUCAAAAUUUCAGAAAGAGGAUUGAUGCAGCAACAAGCAAAUUCAGUUUUCCACCUUCUAUGACCUGUCAAAACAUCUGUUAUUUCUUAAUAUUUUCUUUCUGUUUAGUGUAGGGGCAUUUUAAUAUUAUAAGAAUGUUACAUUUUAGCAUUGAUCGUUUGCCCCUAAGUCAGUCAUUACUCCCUCUAUUCAUUAUUGCAUUAGAAUAUGCAUUGGUUGACUUUCAUUUGUUGUAGUAUGGUGGGAGUUAAUGGAAAUUCUUUUGCUGCCGUUUGGACCAUUAAGUUGGUGCAUUACUCCAUAGAGUAAUUGCAUAUGUUACUAAUUCCUUGGUGCAAUUGCAGCAGGUUCAGCCGUUGGUGGCUGUAAGCUUUUUUAUCCCAUUACUUCUUACUCUUUACUCCUCAAUUAUUCUUGUAAUCUAUGUA